UUAACCACAAGCAUCAGACUUGUCUAUUACAUUUCAAUAUAUUUUGGUAGUAUAAUAUGAUGCUUUUUGUGCAGUUUGACGUAAAACAACUUCAAUUUCCUUGCUCCAGUUUCGUUGUUCAGUCAUAUCGCAUAAGUUUUAUUAGAAUUUCUUUAUAUGAGUGACACAACUGGUAUAUUGUAUUUGUUGUUUGGAUCAUUAACUGAAGCCCGCGUGUCCAGAGUUUGUUUCUGAGACGGUGAUCAUAGUCAAUCUGUAUGCAACUGUUACGCGUCGCCUCGACUAUGUCUUACCAAGGAUCACUAUAUUCGGGUCCGGGAGAUGAAUAUGACUUCGAGGACGAUGGGUACGACGACUUGGAUGAGUAUAGGGAUCAGGAAGACGCUUUGCCACCGCCCCUGCUGGACGACAGUGAUGAAGAUACUGAAGAGGCCAGUGAAACAGAUGUGCCUAAGAAUGAUGAACCACUUGAAAUUAAGGAACAGAUGUACCAAGGUAAAUUGGCGACCUUAAAGAAACAGCUGCAACAGCUAGAGGAUGGGAUCCACCCUGAGUUCCUUCGGAGGGUGAAGAGGUUGGAACAUCAGUUGCAUGAGAGGUUACGACUCAACAGAAUAUAUAAGGAUCACAUGUUUGAUGUAGUAGAGAGAGAAUACAUAGCAGAGAAGAAAGCAGCAGCAAAAGAGUUUGAGGAGAAGAAAAUAGAACUGAGAGAAAACUUGCUGAGUGAUUUUGAAGACAAGCGCAGAUUGAUAGAGAAUGAACGACAGAAUAUGGAGCUUAAUGGAGACUCUAUGGAGGUGAAACCAGUAAUGAAGCGUAUACUACGGCGGCGCGCGAAUGAGCCCGCUCCAGCGCCGGAGAAGCGGCGGAAGCCCCUCGCCACGACGCUGACGUUCCAACUGGACGACAAGGACAUCGAUGCAGACCUGCGCGCGAUAUCGAGGCACUCGCCGCCGCCGCGCCACCACGCGCCCUCACACAACUCCGCGCCGCCCAGGAAGCACCUCAAUUCCACCAGUUGCGAUUCUCCAGUCCGCGAGACCAACGAUACGUCAGAGACGCGCGUGGAGGACGGCAAGUUGUUAUACGAACGGCGCUGGUUCCACCGCGGACAGAGCGUCUACGUCGAGGGUCGGGAGGUGGCCAGGUUCCCGGGACAGAUACACGCCAUCACUGACGAGGCGAUAUGGGUGAAGAAACAGAAUCUGGAGCGAUUUAGGAUAUACAUAUCGCAGUUAGCGCGCGGUAAAGUGACGUUAAAAAGACGCGCGUCAUAAGCCUGGCCGGAUGUACAGUGAGAGUGCGUUGUGACCAGUGACGUGUGGACGUAGUACAGACGCUAGGGUGUGCUUGAUGUGCGCUGUUUGUGAGAUGAAUUUAUCUUUACAUUGUAUAAGGGAACCUCCCAUUUUUCAGAGCACUGAUUUAUGUAUAUAACUUAGUGAUUAUUGAUUUAGUUAGAUAGGAUUAUAACACGAAUAAUUUUGGGGUAAAUUAAAUAUAUACGAUACAUUUUUCGACUAGAGAAUGGUCUUUAAGCCACACACCCACAAACCUUAUGUAUGUUAAUACUUUGUCUGUCAGUCAGUUUGUUCGUUUGCUUCGAAACGUACUUUGCAACGUAUUUUAUAUGAUGUUUCGAGAUUUUUUGAGCAAGGUUAUGUGUACAGUAUGUUUCAAUAUUGGGCCUCUUAAUAAAUUCAAAUCAUAUUAAUAUAAAUUGCUAUCACCAGAUGACUAGACUAUAUAACUAUGUUUAAAUAUUCAUCAGGUCGAGUGUGGUAAAUACAUUAUUUACAAUAGAAUUAUUCGUGUUACGAUCCAACUAACUAUAUUGUACCAAACGUGAAAGGUAAAAAAGUGACUACAUAUUAACAAAUGUGGGAAGGAUGUUUAUUUUCACAAAAUUCAUGAAAUGACGAUAAUUAUCUACACGUUUUUUUUAUUAUAUUAGACAAUUUAAACUAUUCAGUCGAAUGAAAUUGUUUUUUGAUAGCUUUUUUAUUAUAGGUUCAAGACAUUUAUAAAUGCUGAGUUUUUAUGUGAAUAUUUGCAGUCAAACGGUUGACUUACAUAUAUGAAUUUUUCUGUGAUCUAUAUAUGUUUAUAUGUCACAUAUUGCUUUGUAAUAUGUUAUGAAAUUAUAGAUUUAUAUUAUAUAGAAACAUUAUAUUUUAUUAUAUUUGUUUACUCAUUACAUAUUGGAGUAAAAAAUAUAUACUAACUAUAUUGUUCAAAACAUUAAUAACAAUUGGAAAUUGUUCUCAUAGGCAGAGAAAAUUUUUAGUACUGUCUUUAUAAAAUGCUUGCCCUUUAGUAAUUUAUCAAAAUAAAAUAGUAGAUUAGUUACAGAAGAUCUCCUACAUUUUUGAGUUUAUACCUGCCUCAAAUCACGGUUGGUGUCUUUGAAUCUAUUUACGAUACAAUUUCUCAUCUGAUUGCUAGGGGGAAUUUAUUGGGUCAUAACAAAUUGCCACAUGUGAGCUUAUUGGCCGAUAGGUUGGUGUGGAGUCGGCUGAGCUAAAUUUUGAGGUUGACCCUAACAAAUUAAGCAGCCAGUACUAUUGAAUAAUAUUGCUACAGAUUGUAUGUAGACAAUAUACAAUCUCGACCCGACAGAUUGUUCCGAUCGAACUGGUGCCAAAUUGUGUUGCCCACGGACGCUUUUAUAGUUUUAUUUAUGUAUUGUUAUGGUAGUUCUAGUCAAACUUACAAUUUGCAUUAGUACUUCUAACAUACUACACUCUGGCUAUCCUAUAAGCAAAUGGGGUGUGAAGAUAAAAAUUGAUACAGCUGUCACGAUUACUAUAAACAUUACGAAUCGACGAAAAUUAUCGGCAAAUAAUUUCUGCAUUAUUCUUAUCUCAUGACUUUCGCUGUGACAAUUUUACGUAGAAAUCUACAGUGCGCGUUGUCUAUGAUUUUGUUGAAGUUAUUUGCCGCGAAUUUUAUUUGUCAGUUAAUAUAAUAUAUUCCUUAUGCUCAAAAGAUACACACAAAAAUAGAAGAAUAUAUGUACAAUUUGUUACGUAUUCAAGUUAUUUAAAUAUGUACGACAAUUAGGAUUAUAAACAUUCCCUUUUCAAAUGAUUUGUUUUUGACGCACAUCUCUAGUCAAGUUCUGUAUUAAUUGUAAUUUAUUUUGUUGCGCGAAUGACGAGAAAAAGCUACUUGUAUUAUUGCUAACACACAAUUUUGCCGCGCGUUCAAAUACUACAUUCCUAUUGGUCGAAUUUUACGCGCGCAUUGCAACUUUUUUUUUACGUAUGUGGCAAAGGCAAUAUUAAAUAAUAAAUGCAUUUGUUAUGAAUGUAUACAAUAAUAUUAAGUGAUAAAGUUACAUAUUCUAUGUAAAUAUAUAAUUUCAGAGUCGUUCAAAAUUUAUUAUCAUUCUUAUCUAAUGAGAUAAAUUAUGUUUUGUUGUCAUGGUUGUAUGACUAUAGUUGUAUGCGUAGAUGCGUUAUUAGGCAUCUAGUAGCGGACCACGCGUGGUAGAUGUCCAGUGACGAAGUGAUUUUACAAAAAUCACUAUUCUCAUGGUACUACCAAAAUGUCCUACUAGUGGUAACAGAUAUUUAUUGCUCAGUGAAAGAUGGUAAGCAGACUUCUUGAAGAUGUGCCCAAUGUAAUGCUUACUUUCUUUCACUCUUUCAAUACUUAAUUGUUCUACUUGUUAAGUAAAUAAAAUCUUGAAACCGCGAACCGCAAAAUGCUAUCUUUGAGGAAAUUAUUGAAUAUUUUAUUUUUGACUUCCAUAUUGCUCUUGUAUUUAGAAGAUUACUAAGUUAUUUUAAUUGUCUUGCGUAUACACGUAGAAUAAUUAUACGCACUGGUUUACUAGGACUAUGGGAAGCAAAUAUCCCAUAGUCCUACUAGUUAUUUUUCCCACAGACUGAUGGUCUAUGCACUUAUUUAUUGUUUAUUAAAUGUACUAACAAAUGAAGUUUUAACUGACAUUUUUUUCUGUCAUUGUGUUACGCUUCUUUUUUACUCCUAGUAGGACAUUUUAGUUUUAGUAGGACCACGAAAAAAAACAGAGUAUAAAAUCUCAUAAUUGUAUGCAGUAUUGUAUCACUGUAAAUAUAAUUGUAAAUUUCCAAUGUAAUAUACUGAUCAAAUGACGGCGUAUUGUGUAAAUGAAGUAGAUUUUGGACUGUAACGUUUGUUUCAGAUUAUUUUUAUAAUUGUGAUUAUAAUUAUUGUGUAAAUGAGUUGUGAUUAUUGUAAAUAUGAGUAUGCGUAAUGUUUUACUGAGGUAGAUGAUAUUGAAGCAAGAUCUUUUAAUUAUAUGUAUUAUGACGAGA